UUUGAAGCUCAAUCCGGACACAGAAAUAUCAAGCCCAGAAAGAGAGAUCAAUUGCCAGGUUUCUUUUAGGCCACAAGUUGAUUGAGGCGGUUCAGGUAUGUUAGAGGCCAAGGAAGUGUAUUCGUUCUUGCUCUUUGUGAAUGGGUGGUUGGGUCAGCUCUUCUCCCCCUGCUCCCAACCAGUCCUCCUAUCUACAAGCAGUCUCAAUACCCAACAGUAUCUUGGCAAAUGGUACUUCAUUGCAGCGGCUGGUGUGAAGGAGUCGGAUGUGCAGAUGUUCAGACAGAUGGACAGCACUGUGUUUCACCUGAAUGAGACCUCUAAAAAUACACUACUGUUGACCGGAGCCAUGCGCGUGGGUGUUCAUUGCAUUAUGAAAAACUGGACCUAUACUAUUCAGUCUGGCAAAGAUGAUUUGACAUCAGAAGGCAGGCCUGAGCUGCAAACUCUAGUGUGGAGUGGAGAGUGGCUGAACUGCACCCAGUGUAUCCUGCUGCAGGAGAUAGAGCGUCACUUGGAACCACUAGAGACACACGACACCCUCAACAGAUUCAUGCUUUACGCUCGUGACAGUGCCUUAUUGGAUAAUAAAGUGGUGAAGGUGUUUCAGACCCAAACAGCUUGUAAAAAUAUGGACAGAUUUGUCCAUCUCCCUCAAGAGAAAGAGCUUUGUAAAUUGGAGAGUAAGGCGUAGCACUGAGGCUGCCUGCUAUUUGUUAGAAUCUUCAAUCAAGAUCAUGCUAUGCAUCAAAAUAGGUUUCCUUUUGACAGUUUAAUAUUAGCGUAUUGCCCACUCUAACUUUGAUCUAACUCAGAAACGUGGAACUAAUUCAAAUGAAGAACUCUCCUCUCAUUUCCCAUGUGUGAUAGUAAAACAAAUAAACAGAAAAAAUAACAGCUA